GACGGGGGGGAAUUAUUAUCCACAAGUCCUCAGGCUCACCAUCUUGACCACCUUUGACCUGUCUCACUUUUGCUGAAUUCCUCCUACAUUUGUAUUCCCGUCAGUGAAGAGGACAAAUUCAGAGAGACAAGAAUAUUUUUUUCCAAUUCUGUUUGAAUGUCGCUGCUCUGAGGUCGCUGGCCUUUGCGCCUCGGCUUUCGUGAGUUCACGCAAACCCCCUCUCGUCCUACGAGUCGAUCAACAACUGCAGGCCUCCCCCACCCACGGCCGGGAAAACCUCCCAGUGAUUUGAGCGGCAGCUUGCUGUCGAAAAAUUACCUAUCAUGGCUGAUCCCGUUACAACGCCCCAAAAAGGUGCACAUGAAGAGGGCGAGACCAAGACCACAUUGACGCCACCAGCCAGCGAGGAAACGGACAACUUCGGUGCAUCUUCAUCAGAGCUGUCGGAUUUAGAACUGGAAGAUGAUGACAUUGGGGAAAUUGAACCGGACCAUUAUUACGGGGAUGGAAAGAUCCCAGUGUUUAAGCCUACUAUGGAUCAAUUUCGAAGCUUCCGAAAGUUUAUCGAUAAGGUUGAUAAGUACGGAAUGAAGUCCGGAAUCAUCAAGGUCAUCCCUCCGAAAGAAUGGCGCGACUCUCUUCCUGCCCUAGACGAGUCUAUCAAGUCAAUCAAAAUAAGGAACCCAAUCGAACAAGAUUUCGCCGGAGGCCAGGGAAGAUAUACGCAGGCAAACAUGGAGAAGCAGCGUUCCUAUAACCUUCCACAAUGGAAAGCUCUAUGUGAAGAGAGUAAUCACCAGCCCCCGGCCAAGAGGGGCGAACGAAGGCGUAACCAAGACCGGUUUAACAGAGGGCGACCUGGCGCGGCAGACUCUCCAGAGAAGAAGCGCCGAGCGACCAAGACAACGAGAGCGAAGCGUGGGCGCUCACCGAGCAAAGUAGCCGACAGCACGGAUGAUACAGAAUUACAACUCGAGGUGCCACCCACGCCUACCUCGCCUAGUAGGCUACCUGCCAAAUCGGAUUCGAACCAAGACAUUGCUGAAGCCAGGGUUAAAACGGAGAUGACCGACGAACAAGAUGAUGAUAUUAUGAAGAGCACAAAGCCCGGCCGUCAGCCAAAGUCAAUAUCGUCUCGGAGACGAAAUAAUCGACGUGACGCUGCUGAUGUGGUGGAUGAGGCCGCCUUUGAGGACUUCAACUACCGAAUGGAGAAUCUCGAAGAAUUCACGCCGGAACGAUGCGCCGAGCUUGAAGCGUCAUACUGGAAAUCUUUGACCUUUAAUAAGCCCAUGUAUGGCGCAGAUAUGCCUGGAUCGCUCUUUGAUGACUCGACCACGUCAUGGAACGUUUCUAAGCUGGAGAAUCUCUUGGAUGUACUAGGCUCAAAGGUGCCGGGUGUUAAUACGACAUAUCUUUACCUCGGCAUGUGGAAAGCAUCAUUUGCUUGGCAUCUUGAGGAUGUCGAUCUCUACAGCAUCAAUUACAUACAUUUUGGUGCCCCAAAGCAAUGGUAUAGCAUUUCGCAGGAAGAUGCCAGAAGGUUUGAGGCUGCUAUGCGGAGUAUUUGGCCCAACGAUGCAAAGCAAUGCAGCCAAUUUCUACGUCAUAAGACCUACCUAAUAUCGCCGUCGCUGUUGCAGUCGCAGUUCAACAUCAAGGUUAAUCGACUCGUUCACCAUGAAGGCGAGUUUGUUAUCACCUACCCUUAUGGGUACCACUCCGGGUUUAAUCUUGGCUACAACUGCGCUGAGUCGGUUAACUUUGCAACCGAGAACUGGCUGGAGUAUGGUCGCAUCGCCAAAAAAUGCGAUUGUGAAGCCGACAGCGUCUGGGUAGACGUCGGCGAGAUUGAGCGCAAGCUUCGCGGCGAGAAGACUCCCGAACUGUAUGAAGAGACGGAUGAAGAACUAGACGAAGGCGAGGAGAUGGGAGAAGACGCUGUUGCUGAUCUUCCCACUCCUCCUGGCAGUGUUGGUGGGAAGCCCAAGCAGCAGCGCGGCCGAAAACGCAAGAGGAGCGCCGAAGGUGCAAAGGGCAGCGUUAAGAAGGUCAAGGUUCGGGUCAAGGUUCCUGCCAAGGAACCUUGUGUCCUCUGCCCGAAUGAUAUGUCGUGUGACGAGCUGUUGCCUACGGAUAAUGGCAAAAGUGCUCACCGGCUAUGUGCUACUUACAUUCCGGAAACAUACGUCUCCAACGAGGGUGCUAAAGAGGCCAUUUGCGGCGUUGUCGAUAUUGAUAAGGCGCGUCUAAGCCUAAAGUGUAACUUUUGCCGGUCUAAACGUGGCGCUUGCUUCCAGUGCUCGCAGAAGAAGUGCACUCGAGCAUAUCAUGCAACGUGCGCUGCUGCUGCUGGAGUUCAGGUGGACAUCGGAAUGGUGCCGGUGUUUGGUGAGGAUGGGGUUGAAUACGCAGACAUUGGCAUCGAUUUUAGAUGCAGAUUCCACCGGGUGAAGAGGGGCAAGAACGUGACUGGAGAAAUGCUCGAAGAAGAUUCAUUGAUUAAGGAGUACGCAUCAUCAUUGCAGGCUCAGGAAGUUAUUCAAAUGCAAUUAUACCAAGGCGAAAUAUUUGCGGGCGUUGUGGUGGAGAAUCGCAAGGACGAGGAAAUGGUGCUUGUGGAUCUCUUGCCUGGUGGCGGUCGAAUGGAAGUGGAAUACAAAUGGAUUUUGGUUCUGAAUCCCAGCGACUCACAGCUGUCGAAACCAUCUGCAAAUGCCAAGCCACUACCAUCAAACAUGGCCAAACCCGGUGGAAUGCAGGAACGACAUGGCCCGCCCAAGGUCGAUGAUGCAUUCUGCGAUCCAGACGGACCGUAUGUGUGGUCAGAGUUCAACACAGCCGAGCCAGAGCGCAAUUCGACGCAGGCAAAGGUGGACUUUGAGAAACCCAACCAGAUCUGGCACUAUCUUGGAAAGACUUCGACAGAGGCCAGGGCUCAGUAUACUGAGAAUCCGGCGAAGGAGUUGCAUAAUCCCACAAGUAAUUUCCUUGAAAGUGUGAAGCCACCUCCCAUGUCACGAGUUGUGGCGGAGCGACGGUCUUUUCCGGCCACCCAUCCUUCAGGCUCAAGCUUUAUGCCGCGAGGUGGGACCGCUGCAUUGAACAAUCAUCAGCGCCCGAUCUCCUCAUCAAAAGAUGACCGACAAAAGAAGUCUGAAAAGGCCAAGGUUUUACCGCAGGCUCAGCGGGGCUAUUCAAUUGAUGCACAUGCAUUACAGUCUCAGCGAGAGUUUCAACGUGAUGCAGAGAAGCAGAAGACUCUUGGUCAUGACGAGCGCUCUCGUGGAGCAGUGGCAACAUCAAGCAGGCAGCCUGUAGCUCAGACCGCUCCUGCGAAACCAACUUUAGCCUCCCGGCAGCCAUCAUUUCCGUCUAGCCCGGGUCUGACUGGAAAAGGCCAUCAGUCUUCAUCUCGUCCACACCCGCCUUUGCCUGCGCAAGGGCGAGCUCCUAUGGCCAACAUGGAGCCGGGACCCUCUGUCUUGGCAGCCGCAGAUGCCAAUAAGGCGACGACUGAGCAGCGCGUUGCGGGACCGCAUGUAAACGUUAGCGGUGCAAAGUCCAAGCACCCUUUGGCGGUUUACCCAUAUCUUCGCAAUUCGUAUGAAAACCAUACGAGGAAAUAUUCCUCACCCUAUCAUCGAGGCGACCAUCUCAGCUCACAAUGUUCUCCGAGUUCCAGUUCGCCUCCCACGCCCGUUCACGUGCAGACGUCUUCUCCACAAUCGUAUCAACCGUUGCCGGCCCCGCCUUUGCAGCUUCAAAGCCAUCCUCCACCUCCUUCUUAUCAAUACUACCGCCACUCUCCAAGUCCAAUGUACCAACCGCAGGUACAACACAUACAAAGUCAGCACAAUCGCGCAACCCCACCGUCUACCUCCCUUGCUCAUUCUCGUCCUCCCCAUCCUCCUGUCUCAUAUUCUCAAACAACGACAGCAAAUGGCUCAACUCCGAUCAAGGCAGCUGUACCAUUACCACAUUAUCAAACGCCGCAGCAGUUUGACCAGCAGGUCCAAAGAGCGUCUACGCUUCCGCAGCCCCAUGGAGCAAGUUAUGAAGCAUUCUUUGCGGGAUUGAAGAGCGCGGCGGGAUCAAAUGGAACGCGUGGUGCGUUGAAUCGAGAUGGUCUUGUCGCACCGACUUCUCCACACCACAGCGGCACUAGUACUCCGGCGUUUGCACUGCAACCAUCUCGUUUGGUUCAAGGAACGCCAUUGAAAGGUCCAGCUCCCCAUGUCACAUUACCCGCACCACAGCCAAAUCAUGCUGCACUCUUCACCACGCCAAUACCUCCCCCGCAGGCGACAAUGACUGUACCUGAACGACAUGAAAGCCAUGCAACUCCUCCAGUCAUGUCUGCAGGCAACGUCCCUCCCGCGUCUAUUGUAGCAAGGGAUUGAUUUUACUUCUCUCCCAGCAUUUUCCUUUUUUGUUUCUCUCACUUAUUCACGCCCUAUUAUAACAAGAGCAAGGUGUCGCGGUCGUAGUGCUGGUUUCAUGGUACAUUCAAGGUGCGGUGUUCUGGUUGCGACAGUUUGUAUGAUGACAAGGUAUAUCAUUCACGUCUCAAGUUUCAAUUCGCAAGGAACGGCGUCUUUUCCUGGCCUUUUCUCUAGUCCUAUUUCAUAUUUU